ACUAUUUCCCCAUCUCGCAACGUCAGCCGAUCCAACCCAAUUCUCUCCCUGGCCCAUUUCCUCCGCUCGCUCUCGAUCGAAAUUCUCCAUGAACAUACUGAACAUGCUCGGAUUCGGAUCGAGACACACCAGUAUAGACUUUUCUCCGAUCGCACAGGGUCCCGACGACGACUCUCCGGCUCCGGGAAACCAGUUUGCCCAGUUCGCCGCCGGCUGUUUCUGGGGCGUGGAGCUUGCGUAUCAGAGGGUUCCUGGCGCGACCAAGACCGAGGUUGGCUACAGCCAAGGGAUCACGCACAAUCCGAGAUACGAGGAUGCAUGUUCGGGAACCACGAACCAUGCAGAGGUUGUUAGGGUUCAGUAUGAUCCCAAAGAGUGCAGUUACGAAUCGUUGCUUGACUUGUUCUGGUCUAGGCAUGAUCCCACCACCUUGAAUCGUCAGGGAAAUGACGUGGGAACCCAGUACCGGUCGGGAAUAUACUUCUACACACCCGAGCAAGAGAAGCUAGCCCAGGAGUCAAUGGAACGACACCAGAAACAGGUGGACAGGAAGAUUGUGACGGAGAUCUUACCGGCCAAGAAGUUCUACAGAGCUGAAGAGUGCCACCAGCAGUACCUUGCCAAAGGCGGCCGGUUUGGCCACAAGCAAUCUGCUGCCAAAGGCUGCAGCGAUCCAAUCCGCUGCUACGGGUAAGUCUGCUCGCUGGCCUUUGCCACUACCACAGUUCUCAUAUUAAGAGCAUAGACAGUGGGAGAUAUGUGGGUUAUAUAGUUUGUAUGUAUGUAUGUAUGUAUGUAUGUCUGUAUGUAUAUAUGAAUAGUCGAGCCUGUUAUGGAAGAGUGUGGGAUAUGUCUGAAGAAGAGAACUGAUUUUGAUGUCAUUAGUGUUGGCCUGUCUCUAGUUGAUGGGUUCUUUUUUUUUUU